CCUCUCCACCUUAUGAGUUAUGUCUUUCUCUCCUUUUGUCUUUUCUUGUGGAACAAAGGGAAGGAGUGGGAUAUAAUAGAGAUGGAUGGAUGCCUAAAAGAAGGGGGGAAAGUUGAGAGGAUUGACUGUUGGGCUUGAAGCUCUGCUGUUGUUGAGUUAUUGAAUUAGAGGUUGAGAGAUAUGAUUCUGAUGGCGUUUCUUUUUCCUAUCUAGAUGUUGGAUUCCUUUCGGAUUUGACAGAAUCGCAAAACGGAUGUAAAACAUGAAAGAUCGUUAGGGUUUUUGUGUUUGGAUGAUCACCGUGUAUUGGUUUUAUAUACAGGAUAGAAAGUGAAUAGAUGGGGAAGAAGAAGAAGAGGUUCAGAAAAACAAAGCAACUUUCAGUAGCAAUAGCGGAAGCUUCAUCAACAGGAGAAGAAACGCAGCAACAGCAACAGCAACAGCAGCAGCAGCCUCAGCCUCAGCCUCAGACUGAGACUCGUAGAAAGAGAGGUAGACCUCGCAAAGUCAUACACAAGGCAGAAGAAACAGCAGAAAAAGCAGAACAUGGCAUAGAAAGUGAAUCAAAGAAAGUAAAGACAGGUGAGGAAGAAGAGGUGAAGCGGGCGGAGGAAGAAGAGGUGGUAAAGAAGGAGGAAUCAUCAACUUCUGUUGAAGAAAGGGGGUUGUUUAAAGAGGGCUCAAAGAGUAGAGCGAGGCGGAAAAGCAAGCCCAGGAAGAGUAGUUAAGCCAAUCCCUAAUAUUCUCCAUUACAUGUUUAUGUAUAUAGGCUACACAAGAACACAUGAUCGAAAGCCCUCUCUCAACCUUCUGCUCUGGGUUUUGAUCCCUUUGCCGCUCACAUGCUUUUGUCGUUCCAUCGUCCUCGAUGAGGAGGAGUGCAAAAAGAGAAAGUGGGCUUAAAGCCCACUUAAGCUUAAUCGCAUCCGUUUCGUCCUGGGGAAUUAUUUUAUGUGAAACAAAAGAAUGGCGAAGGAGGAGGAAGUCGAUACAAACUCGGGAAGUGUAUGUAUGUUUGCUUACAUGGGUGAUGUGUCUCGUUGUUUCAUAGUAAAAUACUAAAAUGCUCUACAUGCAUCUUUUCUUGUGCUCAUGGUUGUUGUAUACUAUGAUUUUGGGACUAUUGGAAGAGGAUUUAUGAUAAUCAAACAACACAUUUUGCCU